AUGGACAUGCUCAAAGUCUCUGAAACUGUCGCGCAAGGUUUGGUCAUUUAUGAACAGUCAUUCUUCAUCCUCACUGAAUGUGGUGCUUGCGGUGUGGCUUGCUGCACAGACCUGGAGGUCAUGAAUACAGGGACAUCGGCCACCAGCGCCCCAGUUCACAGUGCCAGUGCAGCGACAGGACGUAGCUUUCAAACCUUUCAAGAAGGACCGACUGCAGUGGGCAAACCAUCAUCUACACCGGGAAGCAGCCAGGUGUGUUUGGCUUCCGCCAUUGCACUUGUCAUUGCCAUUUCCGUCGCACAGGCGCCCUCGCCAGGAAAACAGGCGGUGCAGUUCGGGCCUGUGGGCACUCCUCCACCUGAUGAUGCUCAACCCAGGUGGGUUCGGGAUACCAACAUCCAAUGUGGCCUCAGCUGUGUGCUGUCUGAAUUCAAGGAUCCGCCGCGGGAUGACACCCCUGUCUUCAGUGCUGCUCGGCCUCCAGGUGCAAAACGUGAAGCCCCGGAGGUGCAAAGCGAAGGAAUACAGACCCAAGCGAGCAACCUAAGCAUGCCUCAUCGAGGCUCGGAAUUUGUUCGAAGCCUAUCAUCUGGUCCCUUGGAGACGGUGGAUGAAGGUGAGUGCGAGGAAACUUCGCCAACGCCGCCGGCAGAAAAGAAGGCCGAGGCAGCUGAGGCGAAGGCAGCUGAAAAAGUCACUCCAGGUUAUCCAUCGCAAUCGGAUGUUUCUUCGCGACCAGCUCAGCCGAGAGCUUCGUCUGAAAAACGUAAUCGGUCACGUGAACCGCGGUCUCCACCGAGAUCAUUGUCUCCAGCACAGCCACUGCGGACUUUGCUUCCCCAUGAGCAGGAGGCAGACGGUUGCAAGGCAGACGUCCAACACCUCCAGGGUCACAGGCCACUCGGUCUAAAAGAUUCGCUGCUGUUCUCCCGCAUGCAAGCUUGCGUCACUGAAGCAUUACCAGCACAAACCACUCAGUGGCGAUGCUCCACUGAUGUGGAGGGAAUGAGGUCUGAGGAGCUCAGUUGCGACCACCCAUCUGCGUCCGGCCCCUCAGGCUUUGGGAUGCCAGCUUUAGCUGCUACGAGUUGCCUAGCUUUGGUCCCCAUGCUUGCUGCUCCCAUUGCGCCGGUCGCUGGCGUGAAGGGCAGUUAUCUCAUCACUGCGCCCCUUGAGCCUGCAAAAGACCGUCGGCUGCCGCUCGCUUCCGAUGCAGCGCCCUGGAUCACAUCCAGAUGUCAGCAGAACCUGUGCUUAGCCGGUGCUGGAGUUCUUUUGCACAGACGUUGGCGGUUGCAGCGGAAGAGACGCAAAGCAAUAGUUUCUGCAUCAGAAGGCACGGAAAACACAAAAUCUCAGAAGAGAUACUAUGGGUUUAUUUUGCUGUCCACCGCAGUUCGCUCAUUUGAAGCUGGUGUAGUGGCAUCUAUGAUGCCGGCCAUUCGACAAGGCCUGCAGCUGACCUACACCAGUCAGGGCAAUGUUGCAGGUUCUCCAGACUAUGGAAUUGUUCCAAGCGGCCUUUUGGCCAUGGCAAUCUUCAAACGCUUUUCGCCCUUCUCUGUGUUGACCAUUGGUUACUUUGUGAUUUCUGCAGUUUCGCUUGCGUGCGCGCUGCUACCUAGCUUGCACACACUCGUUGCAGCUCGCGCUAUUGGUGGCUUGUGCUGGGGUCUUGCUGCUGUACACUACCCCACAUGGGUGAACAGGUAUGGGCCCACUGACAAGCGAACGCUGUGGAUGGCCGGAAUCAAUGCAAUGCUGCUGACAGGAAUUGUAAGCGGCUAUGUGAUUGGCGGCUUGGCCCGUGCCACGGGGAUUGCCACUUGGGAGACUCUAUAUCUAUUGGAAGCGUUGCUGAUGUUCUCUUGCGGCCUGUUGGGAAGCCGGUUUGACCCUGACGUGGUGCGGGUCGAGCAGUCAGAAGCAGCAGGUGCGAAAGAAGACGCAAAGGAGAAACAAUCAGGCGACCGGAAGUCAUUCAUUCCAAAAGAGCUUCGGGCCCUUGGAGGCUCAGGGCUGUUCCUGUGCACGCUGGCUGCUGGAUGUUUUCAAUCCGGUUCGGUCGGGUUCAUGUUAUACUUCAUAACCCAAGCCCUCGGCGCGGUUUUCCAUUGGUCGCCGCGGUCCAUCUACAUAGCCGUCAGUCUCGUCAUCACAGUUGGGCCUAUCGGUGGAAUCCUAUCUGGAGCUGCAUAUUUGAACCGUGUGGGAGGAUACCAAAACUAUCGCAAAGCCAAUGGGAUGACCGCUGUUUGCGCGAUUCUCAGCCUCUUGUGCGGGUGCUGUUUACCUUUCGCAGGUGGUUCGCCAUUGCUAUACGGCAUGGCCAACCUGGGUUUGCUGCUCUUCGGUGCAGCUCCUACUGCUGCCAUCAAUGGCAUUGCUGUGUCCUGCGUGCCAGAAGCCAAGCACUUUGCGAGUGCCACCCAGUUCGCCAUGCAAAAUUUGGCAAAGCUGCUCAUCCCUCUUCUGGGAGGAGUGGUGAUCGACCACCUGGGGCUAGUGAAGGGCUAUCAUGUGGUCACAAUAGGAGCAUUGGUGUUUUACGCCAUUGCAGCAUCGUUUGCAUUUCUUCAGGCAAAAGCGCAGCACAAAGAUGAGCUGCAAAUGUCCAAUGCGUGA